AUGGCCGGAUCAAGGGUCGAUAUAAGAGACUUUGAGCCCCUGGUUUACAUCGACCUCGGAGGAGAACGGCUUGGUCGAAACGGGAGCGUCUCUCUCAUGAAAGUGCUCGUCUAUCCCGGCGAAGGCCUUGAGCGUAUCUUCGUCAUCGACAUUUAUACACUGGGCGGCGCCGCUUUUGGCGCCAUCAGGGACGCUGCUCGGCCGAGAACAGAGCAACGGAGGAAGCUUUCCGGGUUGGCCAAGGGCAUGCAGUUCAUCCCCCUGACCAACACGCAGAAAGCCGAAUGGACUCUUUGCAAGAACCAAGGAGACCGUGUAUGGAACCUGGACAAGGGCGGUUCGCACAGCGCUUUCAACAAGAGACCGUUACCAGCCGAGAUACUGCGGUACUGUGCUGGCGAUGUGGCAUAUUAA